AUGGGCGUUGAACGCCCAGAUAGGGAAGGCCAAACACGUCCCAGUUCAGGAAACAUCCAUCCUAAGCAAGCUGGUAAUCCUCAGUUUGGCACCAUGGACACUCACCCUGCACCGCUCAGCACACCUGAGUACAGGACCAGGAUGUCAUAUCCUCAAAAACUCCGUCAAGUUGAAAAGGAUAAGCAAUUCGCUAGGUUUGUGGAUUACCUUAAAACCCUAGAGAUCAAGAUUCCAUUCGCAGAAGCCCUUGAACAAAUACCCUCCUAUGCCAAGUUUAUAAAGGAUAUAUUGAGCCACAAGAAGGACAGGAGAGAGGUAGAGACAGUCCUUUUCACUGAAGAAUGCAGUGCAGUCAUCCAAAGGACCCUACCGGAGAAACUUCAAGACCCUGAGAGCUUUGUGAUACCCUGUACUCUCGGAGACAGUUACACAAGGAAAGCCUUAUGUGAUCUUGGAGCAAGCAUCAAUCUGAUGCCCCUAUCAUUACUAAGGAAGCUUGGGAUCCAAGAAGUGAAGCCCACCCGCAUCUGUCUUCAGCUGGCUGAUGGCUCUAUCAACUUUCCAUCAGGGGUAGUUGAAGACAUGAUUGUAAGGGUUAGACCCUUUGCAUUCCCCACAGACUUUGUGGUGUUAAAUAGGGAAAAACACAAGAAUGUUUCUAUCAUUCUAGGGAGACCCUUUUUGGCUACAAGAAGAACCCUCAUUGAUGUGCAAAAAGGGAAAGUGACACUGAGAGUUAAUGAGGACCAAUACAUACUCAAUGCUGUCAAAGCUAUGCAGUACCCUGACACCCUAGAGGAAUGUAUGAGGAUUGAUAUCAUUGACCCCUUGGUCGAAGGGGUACACGCAAUUGAGAGACUUGAGGAGGAACUGGAUGACAUCCUAGGGGAUGACAUGCCUGACAUAGAGGCACCAGAAGAACACGAGGAAUCAUUAAAACCUCCUAAAGUAAAGGAUGGACCUCCUAAACUUGAGCUCAAGCCAUUACCAUCAUCCUUGAAAUACGUGUUUCUAGGAGACGGUGACACUUAUCCAGUGAUCAUAAGCUCUGCUUUAGGGCCGCAAGAAGAACAAGCACUGAUUCAAGUGCUGAAGACCCAUAGAACAGCUAUUGGGUGGACCAUAAGUGACUUAAAAGGAAUUAGUCCAACCCGUACAUGCACAAGAUUAGGCUUGAGGAAGAUGCCAAACCAGUGGUGCAACCACAGAGGCGAUUGA